AUGUCGGAGUACAAGCUCGCCUACGAGUCUGAGUUGGACUCAUACCAAUUAUACCAUCGAUAUGAAGACCCUGCGCCGGAGAAGGACUGGAAGACAGCUGCCCUGCGCGGCCCGGCGCUGCCAGCCGUGGGCAAUGCCGUCGCGGGAGCUGUAGGCGCAGCGAUAUCCAACAUCGUUACCUACCCGCUCAGUUUGAUCGUCACUAGACUACAGACCCAGGCGCAGAGACGGUCAGGAAGGAAGAAGGAGAAGAAGAGCGAUGGAGACGGGGACGAGGAUGAAGAAGACGAAGAAGAGUAUACCGAUGUGCUGGACGCCGCACGCAAGAUCUACGCUAAAGAGGGCCUGGGGAGCUUAUAUACGGGUCUGGCGCAGGAUACGGCCAAGACGGUGGCUGAUUCGUUCCUGUUCUUCCUUGCAUAUGGGUUCUUCCGACAGCGCCGGAUCAAGGCCCGUUUUGGCGAGCGCGGAGGGUCGAAGCAUGUCGUUCUUCCGAUUCUGGAUGAGUUGGCUGUGGGCGUACUCGCGGGCGCGUUCACAAAGCUCUUCACCACGCCGUUGGCGAAUAUCGUGGCGAGGAAGCAGGCGUCCUCGGGCAGGAAAGCAGUAUCGACGAAGGAGAUCGCGGCACGGAUCCAGGCUGAGAAGGGUUUCCGGGGGUUCUGGUCUGGAUACUCGGCCUCGCUCAUACUCACCCUGAACCCGUCCAUCACGUUCUUCCUGAACGAGUUCCUGAAAUAUGCGCUCUCGUCGCGGAGUAAGCGCGGGAGACCGUCGGCGGCGACGACGUUCCUGAUCGCGGCGAUCAGCAAGUCCGCCGCGUCGUCGAUCACGUACCCCUUCUCCAUGGCCAAGACACGAGCUCAAGUCGACAGCUCGGGGAAACAAAACACGGGCGGGAGCGAGAAUGCGGCAUCCGACCGCGCGAUCCCGUUCAUGCCCCGUAUCAUCUCGAAUGUGCUCGCCAUCGCUCGCAACGAGGGCGUCUCUGCUCUGUAUGCGGGUCUACCUGGGGAGGUCCUCAAGGGCUUCUUCUCGCACGGCUUCACCAUGCUCGCCAAGGACGCAGUCUACUCUCUGAUCGUGCAGAGCUACUAUCUUCUCCUCAUCAUUCUGAGACGGUAUCCCACGCCCGAGGAAUUGGUCCAACGGGCCCGUGAACAGGCAGAGGAGUUCGCCCAGGCCGCCCGCGAAGGAGCCCGCGAUCUGGCGGAGAAGGCGAAGGAGGACGCCGAGGAGAUCCUUGACCACCAUUCGGGUAAUAUCGCUGUAGACAUGACCUCGAAUGCUGGCCCUGCGGCGGGUGUGGAUGCCUCAACCGGAUACCACAUUGGACCCGAUGGUCCAUGGUCGGAUUCCAAUGAGACGGCCGAAUUGGUGGGAGACUAUGUCGAAGAUGAGGCGGCGGAGUGGAAGAGUCUGUACCACUGGUUCUGGGAGAAGGGAACGCAUGGACAUGAUUGA